UUAAAUUUGAAAUAACCGUCAGUUAAAAAGUUUCUUGAUGUAAUUAACAUUGUUUGCAUACUUAAAAAUAAGAAUUAUAUACUGUUGUUUCGACUUACAAGUUGGGAUUUCAAGAUCAAAAAUUGAUGAUGUCAGAAAGCUUUGACUACUUCAAUGCACCUCAGUUUUUUGAUUUCACUAAAACAGCAAUGGAUCAAGAAAAUGAGCAUGGUGAUGACUAUUUUGAUUUGGAUCAUGAGAAUUCAGUAGACCCUCUAGGAGAUGGAAACCACUUGAAGGAUACAUCAGUAACAAAUGACGAUGUUGAAAAUAACAAGUAUUUCAGAAGAUCAAUGAGUGUGAAUGAUUUGAAUUGUUUGAAGGAUGCAUUGGAAAGCGCGGAAACUGAAAAAAAUUUAAGAAAGCAAUUUGUACAGACUAACGAAAAUGUUUCGAAAACCAAUAUGAAAAAAUUUGGGUCAUUUUCGUCUCUAAAUGAACAAGAUCAGCGUUCUUCCGAAAUAAAAAAUCAUUCUACAAGAUCUAUAUCUAGGCAAAUCCUGUAAAUAAGAAAAUUUUGCAAGGACCCAUGAAACCAACAGUUCCUGUUCAGAAGAAACCAUCAACUAUUCCAGAACCAUUUAAACUGACAGCUCCACCAAAGAAG